UUGUGUGUGUUCACUUUAUCUGUGAGGAACCAGGAACAAGCCUGUUUAGUGAGUUGUACAGUUGGAAGGUAAAUUUUGACGCAGCAUUGACUUUGACCACAUAGAAAUGGUCAUUUUUUUCCCUCUUGCUUACUGCUAAGGAGAUGAGACCCGCGAUGACAAGUCUCGUCUUUGUCUCCCUCCUCCUCGUAGCCAUCAUGGCAUCAACAGUCUCAUCUAAUGGUGCGAUAGCCAGUUGUUGUCUAACCACCUCAAAUACUCAAAUCCGACGGGAAAAUCUGAUCAAAUACUACGUACAAGAUCGGCCACAAUGCCCGAUUCACGCAGUCGUAUUUACCACACUGAGUCUCAAGAGAAUCUGCGCUGACCCAGAGAGAUUGUGGACGCAGACCAGCAUGGCCUUCAUCGACGGAAAGAACUAUCAUCGUCAGCGUAGCUCAUACCAUCGCUGACACAGCAUCCACCUGCAUACGAAAAGACGCCACUAUGGAUCUCAAAUUAAGUGCUCAAUUUCUCUGAGCUCCACAGACUUUGAAUGUUGUUGUUUUUUUAUACAUAUAUAAAUAUUUUCUGUGAAUGUCUUACCUCAUUAUACGAUGUAUAAUUUUUCAUUAUAUGUCUUUUUUCUGUUCUGUAUGAAUGUAUGAUUUUUAAUAAUAUGUUGCUUUCAUUUUGCAAUGAUAUUUGCUGAUAUUAAUAAAAAAUUAAUCACA